UUCAUUCUAACCUCAAAAAACUUCACGUGUUUGUUUUGAUUGGGAGUUGCGGGAGUUGCACAUUUUUUUGGGAGGAUGGCCAAAAAGAAGAAGGGACGCCGUUCGAAGAGAUCCAAUAAGAAUGUUCCAGCCGUGGGAAAUGAGGAACCGCAGGAAGUGCUAAAGGCACCACAUUCAUUUGUAAUCCAUCGUGGAUUGCCCUGCCCGAAGCUCAAUGAUCUCACACGGGAUUUCCGGAAGGUGAUGUCUCCCUUCACGGCGAUGAAUCUCAAGGAGCGAAAGAGCAACAAAAUCAAGGAUUUUGUCAGCUUAUCGAGUGUGUUUCAUGUGAGCCAUAUGGCUGUGUUCAAUCGUUCAAAGGAGCAGGUUUCCUGGAAGGUGGCAAGGCUUCCGAGGGGGCCAACUCUGACGUUCAGGAUUCAUCAAUUUACGCUGAUGAAGGAGGUUAUUGCUGCCCAGAGAAAGCCCUACAUCGACGACAAGGCUUACGAAUCGGCCCCUCUUGUGGUCCUGAACAGCUUUUCCGGGGAAGGAAAACACCUGAAGCUGAUGGCUCAGGUGUUCCAGAACAUGUUCCCCACGAUCAAUGUAUCAACGGUGAAAUUGGCAAGGAUCCGGAGAUGUGUUUUGUUUUCGUACAAUCCAACUUCCAAGCUCAUUGAUGUCCGGCACUUUGCCAUCCGGGUACUUCCAGUGGGAGUGUCCAGGAGUGUUAAGAAGUUGGUUACGGGCAAGAUACCCAAUUUGGCUAAGUGUGAGGACAUUGCGGACUUUAUUGAGAAGGCCAAUGGCUUGUCAGAUUCCGAAUUUGAAGAUGAUGAAGCAUCCCAUGUGGUGCUUCCGCAGGAUCUCCCAUCGCGUGGGAAUCUCCAGAAUCAGAAGUCAGCGAUAAAGUUGCAUGAGCUGGGACCUCGGAUGACGAUUCAGUUGAUGAAGAUCGAGGAGGGACUGUUCAAUGGGGAAGUCUUGUUCCAUGAGCUCGUGGUGAAGACUGAGGAGGAGAAGGAUGCCAUCCGGCGGAAGAUUGAGAAGCGGAAUCGACUGAAGGAGGAGCGAAAGGAGCAACAGACGAAGAAUAAACUGAAGAAGGAGGAGGAAAAGGAGAAGCACAAACAGAAAUGCCUCAAAGGAAUGAAGAUUGAGAAGGAUGAAAAUCCGGAAGAGGAGGCUCCAGAGGAUGAUGCUGAGUAUUUCAAGGAGGAGGUUGGCGUCGAACCUGACAGAGAGCUCUUCGCUCCCAGCGAUCCCAAGCGCCCUCCCAGGCCCAGGAAGCGUCCAGCUGAUCCCAAAGGACACCCUGGAGACAAGGACGCCAAGAAAAGAAAGUUCAGCCUCGGAAAGAAGUCAUCCGGAAGCACAAAGAAGUUUUCCGGAAAGGGAAAAAAUGUCAAAAAGAAGUCGAAGAAAUGA